UCCUUCUUCGGCCCCGCGAAUUUCAUUGAUCUUCUGGAACCUGGCCCGGUUUUGCACUCAAGCACCCAGCCAACAAGGGAAUCCGUAUUUCAGAACCAAGGAGAUUCUCAAAAAAAACUCUUUGUGCUCGCUCCACAAGCUUUGAUUGUGAUUGGGUUAGAUUUUUUGAAGCGGCUCAGCUUGCUCGAAUUGUUCUCCCCUGGCGGAUGUUCAAUUCAGCCAAAUUACCUAAAAAUUCCGCCAUGAAAAUGUGUCCAACUAUCCGUCGAUUGGCUUGUAGUUCUCGAGUCUUGCUUUUGUGUCUGCUCAUUGCUGUUCAUCUGUCUGUAUCUUGUAUUUCUUGUUGCAUUUGCCUUUGCCACCCGGAGUUUCCUUUCAUUUUAGGUCGUAUCCGUGUCUGCAGACUAGUAUUAAAUUGUGACAGAGGCUUGCGGGUGUGCGAGCUUGCUUCGCGGCAAUUUUUAAGGGGCGCUGCUCCGGGGUCACAUUUCUUGAGCGGUUGUGCUUCCCCAAGAAACGUGGACUUUUUGCCGAUAAAACUGUGGAGCAUUUGCUGGCCUUUCAUUUCGUCGCUAAGCUAUAUUCCCGCUCAGCUUUGGGGUGUUCAUAGAUAUUGAAGUCUACACGGCAAAAAGUAUGUGGCUGCCUGCAUAAGCCUUCCAUCCUCAUCAAACUCAUAAUAUCACAUCAGGUCCUGAUGGGUAAGUACAUGAGGGUCUUUGAGUGAAUUUACGAGUCUUUGAGGAGGGGACAGGCUAGAAACUACCCACUAGAACAUUCAAAAAGAAAGCCCUACGCGGGGGUCGAACC